CCGCGGCCUGUGUUUGUUUACGUUUCUGGGCUCCCGGUGCGUACGUCGAACACGCUACAGUGCAAAAAGCGUACAAAACCGUUUUAAUAUAAGCUUUAUCUGCAAACCUGCUCCAACUACUCUUUCUAUUAGCCAUCUACCGCGUUAGUGUGCAAACAAUGGUGGAUAAAAUUGAUCCCGACAAGGAGCAGAACGCUGCGGAAUAUGGCGUACUGCAGGGCGACCUCGUGUUUAUCCGCAACAACGAAAACCUCAUGCAAGCCAUUGACCAGAUCCAGCAAACGCUGGCAAACGUGACCCGUGAGAACGAACAUUACGCCAAUUUUACGCUGGAAGAAAAGAUUCGAUUCGAUUCGCUAUGUGCGUUCUGUGUAAAUGCUCUGUUCUGGAUGCACGAGAAGCUGCUCGGCCGCCCAAACACGGUUAUGGAUGACAUCAAAUCGGAUCUCGACCGUGUGCGGGAAGCGAUGAAACGGUUAGAGAUGGUACACGAUAAUCUAACCAAACGGCCACAGCUAGACAAGCCCGCCGCAAAACGAUUCAUCCGGGCCGGGCUCUAUGAUUCCAACGAGCAGGCGAGCGAUGCACCACCGACCAAGAAGAAACGGGAGAAGAAAACGGAACCAGAAUGACCCUGGUACAUGUAGGGCGAAGGGAAAUUGCAUUUACGAGCGACAAGUGCAAUGGACAGGAUUUUUCUUUGAAAUCUUGGAGCAUAAUAUACUUUACUAAUAAGGGCUAAUCGUUUCGUUGAACGAUCGUAAGGCGAUCUUGAAUUGAUUUGUUAUGAGAAAUAUGGACUAGGAGAAAUUUCUAGUUUACUAUAACAAGUGAGAAACAGUCGUUAUAAAUACAAUUUAAAAACGUUAUAAAUUCAAAUUAAAUCCCUAUACGUAUAAUCUAACAUCACAUCUCGAGUGCUCUUCGCGAGAACAAGACCAUUAAAUAGUGAAUCCUUCAAACCCAUUUUCCCUGCCACUAACGAAUGCAGCAGCUACAAAGACUUGUCCAAAAUAACCAAAAAGCUAUCCUCAUUCAUCAUAAAAAUCAUUGUAACUGAUGGAGGUGACCGUUAACGGAACGACACGCUCCAAUAGAUUCGAAGUAUUUGUAGGAUGGUUCAGGGAUUUGGGCAGCAAAUAUCCCACAAAAAUGAACGUAGAGUAGGAGGUUUAGUCACAUUUCAUUCGGGUUCAGAAAUGUAUUGCCAUUGAAUCGCUCAAUGCACACUGUAACGGAACAGCACGGAACACGCAACACUAUCAACAACAAUGUCUAAUGGCGACGCCUGCGAAAUACGACGUGAUCCUGUCGCCGGCAGCAGCGACAGGAGAUAAAACAGCGCUCGGUGAACAGAAAACUUUCCCAUCUGUGCGCGGACAUGUUUUGCUGCGUGUUAUCCGGGUUCAGCCCGCCAGCGGAUCCAACGCCAACGACGGCAUACGAGCUCAGGAAAUAAAUUUAAAGUAAAUGGACCUCACACCAUGUCUUUGCACUCGCCCGAUAGUGGGGUGGUAGGAGCGGAAGAAAUAGUAAUAAUAAAUGUUAGAAAAUAGUGGCGAAUAACGGUACAACUUAUAAUAAAUAUGGGAAAGAUUUGGGAAAAUGUGAGCUAAGAAAAUUGAAAAAAAAAUAAUAAAAAAAACACUAACAGAAGCAAUUUAAGAAAA